AUGUAUCGAUCGUCGAGCUGGACCCGCGUGACGGACGACUACUCCGAUCCUCCAUCUAAGGUGGCGCCACCAAGCCUAAGACCGUCGAAUUCAUUUGAAAGCAAUGUCAAUGAGCUGCCAGGCUAUGAUCCCAUCGUCGAGUUGGCUAGGAAGGAGAAGGCACGAGCCAAAUUUGCUGAGAAUGCUGUGCAUGUUAUACCCUUUGUGCUGUUUCUCUGUGCCAUUGUGCUUUGGUUCUUUUCUAAUCCAGAUGUCAAUUUGGGGAUUAAAGGGGAUCCAGUAGCAGUAAAAGGAUUGAGAUUGACACUCGAUGGAGAAAUCGAUAAUGAUAGUGAUGGUACCCAAACAGGGUUUUUACCGUUAAUGGACUCAGAGGAGGACUCACCUAAUCGACUCCACAAACACAAACGUUCAAAGAAAUUGACCAAGGGACUCAAAUGAUGCCUUUAAUUUGGAACCCAUUUAAUUAUAUUGGGAUUUCCCCAGAUUUGUAUUUCCUCUUCACUUUUUAUAUAUGUGAUAUGUCCCAUACUCUAUGAUGAAUUAAUGAUGUAAUUAGGUAAAUAGUAUGGCUUUGCUCAAAGGAGAAGCAAG